AUGGCGUCUUCCAAACCCAGCGAAACCCAGUCUCCGACCGUCGAGGCGGAUCACGACACGAAAGCUGGCGUGCAGGACAAUGUCGUUAUUGACCUCCCAUCUGAGGAAACUCGCCGGGCAAGAUGGAAGACCGACUUGAUGCUGCUUCCCCUGCUCGGAGUCAGCUACUUCCUGCAGUUCCUCGACAAGCAGUCUCUCAGCUAUAGUUCCUUGCUGGGCAUGAUCCAGGACGCCAAGUUGCAGGGCUCGCAGUACUCAUGGGUCGCCUCGAUUUUCUACUUUGGCUAUAUUUUCUGGUCGUAUCCGACGGCAUUUCUGGCUGCGCGCCUACCCAUAGGCAAAUACCUUGCGGGAACCGUCAUUGUCUGGGCUAUCGUUCUCAUGUGUCAUGGUGCUUGCCAUGACUUCUCCGGCCUCAUGACCACCCGCUUUUUCCUCGGUGCCUUCGAAGCGGCCCUAGCGCCGGGCUUCUCCCUCGUUAUGGGAAUGUGGUAUACCCGUCGCGAGCAACCUCUCCGCUACGGACUGUGGUUCUGUGGCGGCCCGGUGGCUACCUUGUUUGGCGGCUUGAUUGCAUACGCAAUCGGUCAUCUUGAAGGUGACUUGCCGACCUGGCGAUAUCUAUUUAUCAUCCUUGGCGCCGUCACAGCCGCCUGGGGCGUUGUCAUGCUAGUGCUGCUGCCAGAUACUCCGUCUAGCGCAAUAUGGCUGUCCAGGGCACAGCGCGAGACAGCCGUAUACCGGAUCCAGGCCGACACUCAAGGAAGCAGCAAAGGCUCGUUCAAGACGUACCAAGCCUUGGAAGCCUUGCGGGACCCAGUGACUUGGUUAUUGUGUCUCUACACCUUCUGCGUCAAUAUCGCCAACGGCGGCUUGACCGCGUUUGGUUCACUUGUUAUCAGUGGUUUUGGAUACGAGGGCCUCCAGGCAUUACUUAUCCAGAUGCCCACGGGGGCGGCGCAGCUCGGCUUUGUCGUUGUAAGCUGUACUCUUUGCUCUUGGCUUCCCAAUAUCCGGACCAUCAUGAUGAUGUGUCUCACGCUAAUCAGCCUUGUCGGCAUGGUCCUCAUGUACGCCCUCGACCAGACCAACCAGUCUGGCCGUCUAGCUGGUUUCUGUCUGAGUCUGGCGUUUUCCGCAAACAUGCCGCUGGCCAUGUCCCUCGUUACCAGCAACAUAGCCGGCUUCACUAAACGGGCUGUGGUCAAUGCUUGCGUCUUGAUCAUGUACAGUCUAGGGAACAUCGCCGGUCCCCAGUUCUUCAGUGUCGAUGAGGCUCCGAAUUAUCCAAAGGGCAUCAAGGCCAGCCUGAUCGGCUUUGCACUAGGCACUUUUUGGAUAUUGUGCCUCCGUAUCUAUCUUGUUUGGCAGAACCAGCGGCGAGACCGCAACGCGUCAGAGGAGACGGAUGCAGUGCCAUGUGAGGUCUUGCUGAUGGAUGAUAUGACUGACUGGGAGGUUGCUGCGUGUCGCUACGUGUUGUAA